CUCUCCUCUCUUCAUUAAUAUUUUCAUUCACUUGUCUUCUCUUCUCUGAUCUCUUUCUUCUUCUUCUUCUCCAUCUCUCUCUAUCUUCAACUCCGCGUUUUCUAACUGAAGCAAUCCAUGUUAAUGGGGAGCUUAAUGAUGGAAGAGAAGCAAUUAGAUUUCAACCGGCCGCUUAUAUCCAUCAGACGUCCUAUGCAAACUUCAGAAUCUGAGAGCAAAACAAGAUCUUUUGAUUCAGUGACCAACAAGGUUCUUCCUUCUCCACCUGUUUACAAGUCUGAUAUCAAGUCAGGUCCUGUGAGAAAUCCAGGAACUGUUCCUUUCCAAUGGGAACAUCAACCCGGAAAGCCGAAAGACGAAAGGAAACCGGUUUUACAAAGUAACGUUGAGCCACAUUUUGUGCCAAAGCUUCCUCCUGGUAGAGUGAGAGUAGAGUUAGUGAGGAAAGCUGAAGCCAGAGCUGAUCACCAGACCAAAACUGUUAGUAAUAAUGUAUCAUCAUAUCAUGUGGAGGAUGCAAAGAGUUCUAGUUCACGGUUUGAUGAUUAUGAUAGUGAUGGUACCUAUCUUGAUGCAACUGAUACACUUUCAAGAUCUGAGUCAUUCUUCUUCAACUGUAGUAAUGUUAGUGGUGUGAAUGGUUUGGAUGGUUCAGGAAUACUAGUAGAGCCAUUUGGGACUUUAUCUAGUGAUCGACAGACACAGGAUCUAAUGAUGGGGAGAUUCUUGCCUGCAGCUAAAGCCUUGACUUCAGAAACAUCUCCACAUCUUGUUAGGAAACCGCCUAAACCAGAAGAACCGGUGAAGCAGUUGAAGAAGAAACAGAACAAAGUCGAGCAGAAUCCGUAUCGGUUCCAUCAUUCACUAGAUCAAGAAGAAGAGGAAGAUGAAAAUACAAGCAGCAUGGCUUCUGGUGUUUGUGGAUUAGUCCCUCAAAUCUGCUUGAGAAGCUCUUUAGGACUAUUGAAUCCAGUUCCAUCUGUGAGAAUGCAGGCGCAAAGAGCUGUUUCUGUUCGUCGUAUGCGUUCUAAGUAUCAAGAUCCUGCAUCUACUAAUGAAAGUCAGAACAAGGUACAAACCAAUGAAGAUAAGAGUAAGUUGAAGCUAGUUGCACAAGGGUCUUCUCAAGGUGAGUCCUUAUCAGUAUCUUCUAUUCCACAAGGAAAGGAAAAACUUGAGAACUUUGGCACUGCUUCACGCGCAAAAGUCAGCAAAAAUUUUGGUGAGCUCUUGGCUAGCGAUGAUAAUACAUGGGAACCUUCCUCUGAGACUCCUGUGGCAGAGAAAACUCUGUAUGUAGACACUGUUCAUUCAGUGGAUAAGAAGGUACAAGAUGAGACCAAGAAGCAAUCUUUAUCAAAAGAGUGUCCUUCACUAGAGAUUGUUCCUGUCAAAGAUGUUCAGAACUUGACUGAAGUCGAUGAAGAAGCUGCUAUCUCAGAAUCUAAAAGCACCAAGGAAAUGAAUGAUAGUAGAGAUGAGGAUUUCACUAAAUUCUCAAGUGUAAAAGUUGAAGAGUGUCCUGAUCAAGCUAUUGUUGCAGUGCCAGAAUCCAAUGUGGUAGAGAUUACAAAGGAGAAGAAGAUUAAUCUUGAAGACCAGUUGCAGGGAAUCACAAAAAAUCUUGAAAAAAGUCCAAGGAUUCAUCAUCGGUCAUCUUAUCACACUGUUCCUCCACCACCAUUACCAAAAGCUCCUUCAGAUUCUUGGUUAAAGCGUACAUUACCAACAAUACCAUCUAAGAACAACUCAUUCACAUGGUUACAGUCUUUUGGCGAUGAGAAUCACUUCAACAACAAGGUUCAAACAAAUCCAAAGUGGGAAACUAUGGUCAAAACGUCCAAUACACAACAAGGUUUUGUGUGCUUCUCCAAGGAAACACUCAACACUAUACCAGAGGCAUAGCAAGACCAAAACACAGUGGAGGUAAUGAAGAAACUGUAAAUUUUUCACACCAAAUUACAUGUAAAUCUCAACAUUAAUAAAGAAGGGGAAUGACCAAUAAAGUUUGUUCUUUUUUCUUUCUUAUAAUUAUUUGUGUAAAUCUGAAUCAAAAGGUUCAAUGAUAAAGAGAAAAGCUUUGGAGAUAUAAUUGUCUGUCACUUGUUGGGGGGAGGUUUCUUGUUGAAGUGAUGUACAGCUCAUGUUAACAGAGAUUUUAUGGCAAUAAUACUCCAUAACGUGACACUGCUUCUUUAUUCUCUACUACUAGACUUUGUUUUGUUCUUUUGUAAUUUGUUUUUAAUAUAUAGCACUAGAAAGGAAACCUGAAAACUGCAGAACUGAAUUGAAUACAUUGACGUAAUUAGACACUAGAGGAAUGAUUGAGACAAUUAAUAUUGGUGUGAAAAUAUUCAAAUUUCAUCUCUUUAUAUCAUUAGAGAAAGUAAAUAUCUCAAACAAAGUCUAGAGAAAGUAAAAACAAAAGUUAGAGAGAAAGAGAGAGAGAGGUUUCUUCAUCAGCUAGUUUGAGACAUGAAAGGAGCUAAUGCUUUUGGUGAUGUUUUGUUCUUGAUCUUCAUGUUUCUUCUGUCUUUAUCACUUGUAACCGUGGCGGUUUUUGCUUGCGCUAAAAAGAAGAAGGAUUCAGGUAGCUGUUGGCGUGGCGGUGGUGGUGGUGGCGGUUGCGGUUGCGGAGGAGGAGGUUGCGGUGGUGGAGGAGGUUGCGGUGGUGGAGGAGGUUGCUAGAUAUAUCUUUGGGUACUUUUCUUAGAACGUAUAUUUGGAUGUGUGUAACCGAUUUGCUUAGAACAUCUAGGCAUACCUAAGCACUCAUAAUCUUAAUAUCUUAUCUUAUUCUCGCAUCGUCCUAUUAUCAGUUUAAUGUUACUUUAAUAGUUCUUUGUUUGGUUUUUUUAUCUUUCCCGCGGAAUCAUUUUCAUGAAUGAUUUGUCACCAGAUCAUGUUAUGUAUUGCUACAAUAUAUCAAAAUAUUGUUGUAUGUUA